CAUUUUUUAAAAGGCAAUACACCAGGAGUAGGUGUUGGAGGAGACUCAUGUGUUCCAUUCUCAGAGAUCCUGGUCCUGUAGGGACCUCACCCAGAUGGGGCAGGACCUGGGUUGCUCCCUGACCACUCCUCUCUGGGCGGAUCUCCAGCGUCUGAGCUAUGGGGUGUCCACUGACUCUGCAUAUGUGGGACAGACUCAAGCGUGGUAGUUCCUCUUCUGUGGAAAGGGAGUUCCUAUGCUACUCCCCAGCUUCUGUGGGGCUCGCUCCCUGCAGGCUCUCUUUCACUGCCUUCCUUCUCUUUUCACCCACAGGAGCCCAGAAACCCUCCAGAGAUGCUGCUGCUGCUGCUGCUGCUGCUGCUGCUGCUGGCCCUGCUGUGGGCCGGGUCCCUGGCUCAGCAUCCAGGAUUCCAGCUGCGAGUGCAGGGGUCCGUGACGGUGCAGGAGGGCCUGUGUGUCUACGUGCCCUGCAAUAUGUCCUACCCCCAGGAAGGCUGGAGUGAGUCUGACCCAGCUUAUGGCUACUGGUUCCAGGAAGGGGCCAAGUCAGGUGAGGAUGAUCCUGUGGCCACAAACAACCCCAGUCGUAAAGUCACGUUGGAGACCAGGGACCGAUUCCACCUCAUUGGAGACAUCCGGACUUACAGCUGCUCCCUGUACAUCAGAGAGGCACAGAGAAGAGACACAGGGAGAUACUUCUUUAGGGUGGAGAGAGGAUCCUAUGCCAAAUACAGUUACAAAGAGAACCCACUCUCAGUGCAUGUGACAGCUCUGUCACAGACACCGGACAUCCAUUUCCAGGGGUUCCUAGAAUUGGGGCACCCCAAGAACGUUACCUGCAUGGUGCCAUGGGCCUGUGAGAGAGGGACACAUCCAGAAUUCUACUGGAUUGGGGGCAAUGUCACCAUCCUGGGUUCCAGGACCUUCAGCUCCUCAGUGGUCACCCUCACACCAGGGCCUGAGGACCACAGCACCAACCUCACCUGUCGAGUGACCUUCCCUGGGGCUGAUGUGAGCACCGAGAGGACCAUCCAGCUCACUGUGUAUGCUCCACAGAACCUGACUGUUCGUGUCUUCUGGGGAAACAGCACAGUCCCUGAGGUCCUGGGCAAUGCCACCUCCCUGCAAGUCCAGGAGGGCCAGUCCCUGCGCUUGGUCUGUGAGACAGAUGGCAACCCCCCAGGGAGGCUGAGCUGGUGGCGGGGGAGCCUGACUCUCAGCCCCUCCAAGCCCUUGGAGCCAGGGGUCCUGGAGCUGCCCCAGGUGGUCGUGGCAGAUGCAGGGGAGUUCACCUGUCGAGCUCACCACCCACGGAUCUCCUACCACGUCUCCCUGAACCUAGUUGUGCAGGGACUUAUGUCUCCCACUAGUUCAGAGACUCCCAUGGAGACCAGGCUGCAAGGAGAGACUGAGCCCCAUCCUCAAGGUGGUGCUGAGGUCUGGGAUCCAGAGCUUUGGCAGGUGUUUGAGGAUCCCUCAAACCACUGUGUCCUGACACCCACCUGGCACAGCUUUGUGGAGCAAGGAGGACUCAGGGCAGGGGUGGUGCUCGUGGCCAUCACAGAAGCAGCUGUCAAGACCCUGGUCCUUCUCCUCUGCCUCAUCAUCCUCAUUCUAUUUCCUCAGAGCGAGGAUCUGCAUGAGGAAGUCAUCCCAGACUGCAGAAAAUGUGGAGGAUGAGAAUAUCAUCCUAGGCUGGCCCCACAGAUCUCCAGACUGUGGUUCCAAAGACUGUCCACUACCAGCAAAGUAUGAACACUGAUGGCUCCUCUCCAUGACCAGAGACCCAGGUGAAAAUGACACAGGCUGGAUCUGAGGACUUGGCAUGGUCCAUCCCCAACUGAAUGCUGCACAAGAUUCUACCAUGUCUGUGAAUCUCACACCAUGUCCACACCCAGCUGGACCAGGGCCUGGGUGACUCUGAGACUUUGCAUGUGCAGUUUCUUGGGCUGAAAUGUUCUUCCUUCCCCAUUCCUACUUCUGCAAGUCCUGAUUCUCCCUCACUGUGAGUCAUGCCACUGUGUGUGUUAUUGUACAUUUCUGAGCAGAGUGACAUUCACUCAUUUAUUCAUAGACACAUUUAGGAAGCGUCACUGAACACCUACUAUGUACUAGCAUUGUUGUAGAUCCCAGAGAUGCAUCAGGGAAACACAGCUUCAAGAAUAUCCACCACCCAAAGACAUGAAAAGACGCAUCUGAAAGCAAAUAUAAACAUGAGCUACAAGCGCAUGAAAAAAAAAUUGGCCACCACCAUUAGUCAUUAGGGAAGUGCCACUGAAAUCAACAAUUAACUAUGAUUUCACAGUCAUUACACAUAUCUCUGUAUUUUAAAAUGGGAAAUGACAAGUGUUGGCAAUGAUGUGGACAAAUUGGAAUUUUCAUGCAUAGCUUCUAUGAGUGAAAAAAUGGUGCAGGAUCAUGGAAAACCCUUUGGAAUUUCUGUCAAAAGGUGAACCGAAAGGUACCAUAUGACUCAGACCAUCCACUCCCAGGUAAAUGUUGAAGGGGUUGGACUUACAAACUCCAACAG